AUGGCCACAUCUACUCACACCAAGCCCUGGCUACUCACACCAAAUAGUGAUUACUGUGUGACAAGUUUGGGUUUAGAACCAGAAGCGUUAGAGAUAGCUAUGAGUGUCGCUUCAACUUUAGGAGGUCAAACCCGAGUAAAUCUAGUAUGUAAAUCUUGUGAGCUAGGAAUCUCCGGUUCAUAUUUGAUCUGUGAUCUAAGAGUUAUGGAUAUGUCUGAUUUUGACGUCAUCAUAGGAAUGGACUGGUUGUCAGUUCAUCGAGCUAUCAUUGAUUGUUACUACGAAAAUCAAAAGGAUCCAGGAUUACCCCAUGUGGUGUGUGAAUACGCUGACGUUUUCCCUGAUGAAUUACCGGGAUUAUCCCCAAAACGAGACAUAGAUUUGACGAUUGAGCUUCAACCUGGGACUUCACCGAUUUCAAUAGCACCAUAUUGUAUGGCGCUAGCUGAACUUCGAGAAUUGAAGAAGUAG